GGUUCCCGCUGGGGAAACGGCCACCGUCUCCCUCUGCGUUUCGGUUUGCGGGAGUUUAAAGCGGUGCGUGGGGAGCAGCGCCGUGCGGGACGCAGGACAGGCCCCAGUGAGCCUGCGGCCGAGCCUGGCACUGCUCCCAUGGACAGCACGGCGGUUCGUCCCGCUAUCAGAGUGGGACAUCCUCUUGUCCACGAGCAAUCUCUCGAUGUUUGUUUAUUAUCUGCGUUUGAUAUUUGUUUAUUAUCUGCAUUAUUGGAACCAUUUAUUGCCGUGUCUUGAACGCUGCCAUGUUUUGCACGAGUGUUUACGCUGUUUUUCAUUUAUUUUCUCGAGUUUGGCACGGGGAGCUCUAUUCUUGUGCUCUAAUUAAGGGGGGUGAUUUAAGUGCUGUUUGGGAGGCACAAGUAUUAAAGUGAGAUAAAUAACGCCGCCUCCCCCGCAAAGUUUGGGUCGGGGUCACAGAUCCAAAAGGGCUCAGUGGGAGCUGCAGGCAGCGCACAUCGGAACCAAAGCAGAAAACUCCAAUGAAACCACAGUCAGUUCUUUUCGUAAUCGCUGUUCCGUUCCCUGGCAGCUCAUGUUUAAUUAAAACCUUGAUUUUAAACAGAAAUAAAUGCCGUGAAAUUCAGACGCCUCUUAAGUCAGCAGUGUUUCUUAGCGAUAAUUAGACAACGUCUCGAUUACGUGUAGACAUUUGUCAAGGCAUUUCUCAGCACAUUUGUUGUCCUUCUAUAACUAUCUCUGCAUUUUGACCAUUGCUAAUAAAUUCUCACAGAGGAGCAUGCUUCUCACUGCAUCCCUGCAUUCUGACCCAUGUGCUUAUCUGAAACCCUCUGAUUUUUCCUCGCACGGUGCUCCCGGACAGCAGCACAAAGGUUGACCCUUUCGUCUUCUUCCUUUUAGAUCUUGGAUGAGUUUUGCAAUGUGAAGUUCUGCGUAGACGCCAGCCAACCAGAUGUAGGAAACUGGCUCAAAUACAUCAAGUUUGCUGGAUGCUACGAUCAGCACAACCUUGUUGCAUGUCAGAUAAGUGAUCAGAUAUUCUACAGAGUAGUGGCAGACAUUGAGCCAGGAGAGGAGCUAUUACUGUUCAUGAAGAGUGAAGAUUAUUCACAUGAAACAAUGGCUCCGGACAUUCAUGAGGAGCGCCAGUAUCGCUGUGAGGAUUGCGACCAGCUCUUUGAGUCCAAGGCUGAGCUGGUGGACCACCAGAAGUUCCCCUGCAGCACACCACACUCCGCCUUCUCCAUGGUGGAGGAGGACUUCCAGAAAAAGCUUGAGAAUGAGAGUGACCUUCGGGAUGUGCACGAAAUCCAGGAGUGUAAAGAGUGUGAUCAAGUCUUCCCAGACUUACAAAGUCUGGAGAAGCACAUGCUGUCCCACAGCGAGGAGCGGGAGUACAAAUGUGACCAGUGCCCCAAAGCUUUCAACUGGAAGUCCAACUUGAUACGUCACCAAAUGUCGCAUGACAGCGGCAAGCACUACGAGUGUGAGAACUGUGCCAAGCAGGUUUUCACGGACCCCAGCAACCUCCAGAGGCACAUUCGUUCCCAGCAUGUUGGGGCUCGUGCUCACGCUUGUCCAGAGUGUGGCAAAACCUUUGCCACAUCUUCAGGCCUCAAACAGCAUAAACACAUCCACAGCAGUGUCAAACCCUUUAUAUCUGACUGUAUUUUCUGUACUCGUAAUGCACUCUAAGUCUGACAGAGGUGGCACCUCACCCAGGAGGCCACACACCAUGAUUUACUCUACCAGUCUGUUUAUGGCAACUGUCUCUUAUUACAGUGCACCGCCCAAGCUUGAGUGAAAACUCACCAACACUAAGGUAAUUACUCACUGCCUUUGCAGAAUGUCCAGCCUCUCCAAAUAGAAACCACAUGCCAUAAUAGGUCAAAUGCACUCAAAAUAGUACUUACAGUCAUUUUUUUUUAAUAAGCAGAAAAUAUGCAAACUUAACUGCUAGCUAAUUCGGGUUCCAGAGACGAUUGCAGUGCAGAGGGUGCUUUAGCAUAUGAUUUUUUUCACUUUCGGACACAGGCUGGGAGUUUGUGUUAAACCUGGGUCUGUGCAGCAAUAAAAGCUGCGAGGAGGGAAGCUUCCCUUACAAGUUAGUUGCUUAAAAGUACGGUGCUAAGAUUUAAAGGAUGUAAUAAGGUGUAACAGGAGAAAUCAAACCCAGCUUCUGUUGCUUUGAUAUGUGGAAGCAAUUAAAGUUGAUAACCGUCCCCCAUCUACUAAAUUUUAAGCAAAGCUUUGCUUGGGAAUAAAAGUCAUGUGGUGAAAAAGAGGGUCUUGUAACAGGGACUUGCCUGGGCAGUUCUGGCUCCUCACGCUUAGUAGAAGUCAAGGCAGUAUGGUUGAGUUGCACCCUUCAUCUGCAGAACCAGCAGCUUCUGCCGCAUCCCACCUGACUUCCCCAAGGUAGUUCCCAAGAGUAAGGUACCUCUGUAGGGAAAGAACUUUGGGCCUGGCUCCGAAACUUCUUGGUCAACCUUGAAAGCCCACUUUUUAAUAGACUGUUAAAUGGAAGAGACCUCCCUUCAAAUAGUUUUAAAUAACUGGUGGGCUCAAAGAGGUGAACUCCUCAGUACAGCUGUUAAUUGUUUGAUCAAGAUGAUAGUAAAGAUUUCCAUAUUUUAAUGUUAUUGCCAUUAUCAAUUUAAUUUCAAAGCUAAGAUCAAAUAUAUUAGCUAAGUGGUUAAUUUGCAUCCCCCUUUAACAGUCUGUAAGGAUCUCUCUCAAUUCUUAGUAUGUAAUUUUGCGUUUCUGCAGAAGUAGAAUAUUUCCUGGUUUCUUUGACUUUUAAUGGAGGAUAAUAAGUUUUAAUGGAGAGUAAUAAUUGCUAAUUAUUCAUGUUCCUUAAAAGAGAACGUUCUGAACUUCUAGGAAGA